AUGAUCAGGAGAUGCUGUCCAAGAAAGUGGCACUCCACAAUACAAUUUAUAAGAGCUCGUUCUGACCGAAUUCACCGCAACUUGAUUAGUAAUAUGUGCUUUCCUAAGACCAGCCCGGAGUUCUUCGCCAAAGUCGGCAAAACACCGCUGGUGCUACUAAAAAGUAUUUCCAGGUCGAUCGGCAGAAACAUUUAUGUCAAGCUGGAAUAUCAUAACCCAACAGGCUCGGUCAAAGACCGUGCAGCUGUAAAGCUAUUGCAAGAUUCAAUUGAAAGAGGGUUGAAGCCAGGAGGCACGCUGGUGGAAGCCACUGCAGGCAACACUGGUAUAUCGCUGGCCGUGCUCAGUCGGUUAGCCGGUUACAAAUUAGUGUUAUUUGUUCCUGAGACGCUUAUACAAGCCAAAAUAGACAAGCUGACCGGACUGGGAGCGGAAGUUUUUAAGGCAGAGAACUAUCCUGAUAACCAUCCGAAGCAUAUGAACAGUCUGGCAGCCAUCUAUGCAAAGGAACACGAUAAUACCAUCCACGUCAAUCAAAUGAACAAUCUAGUCAAUCAACAGGCGCAUUACGAAACGACGGGGCCUGAGAUUUGGAAGCAGCUUGAAGGAUCCGUUGACGCUUUUGUGGCCGGGGCUGGAACAGGGGGAACGUUUUCAGGGGUUUCAAAGUAUUUGAAGGAAGUAUCUGACGGAAGAGUAAAAACCAUUAUUGCCGACAGACAGGGUUCAGGUUUGCACCACUAUAUCCAGACAAACGGUGAAUCGUUUGAUGCAGAGGGUGAAUCGUUUGUUGAGGGUAUUGGAAAACUGGGACUGGUCGAUAACAUCAAAGAUGUGCUUAAUCUGGCUAACGAUUCUUUGCAAAUCUCAGACAUCGAAGCUUUGAACACUAUAUACCGUCUGAUUGAUGAGGAGGAUCUGCGUGUGGGUGCCAGUGCAGGAGUUUACGUUGCGGCGGCCAUCAAGGUUGCAGAGUCUCUUCCUCCAGGAUCUAAUGUCGUUACGGUCAUCCCAGAUGCAGUGGACAUCUACGCCAAGAAGGUGUUCUCCAAGCAGUGGCUCGUUGAGCAAGAUCAUUGGGACAAGAUUCCUAGUGAAUACAAAAAAUAUGCUACUUUAUAG